GACUGGCCCCUUCAUGAACUGUGACUCUGAGGUCCCUGCUCCCACUCGCGGGUUAACAGGGGUCCCGGGCUAGGGGGCACAACAUGGGCAGCCCCCAGAGCAGCUCCCUGCAGCUUGGACCGUCUGCACCUUUCCCAAGGCCCUGAGUCUUCAGCCUCCAGGCUUAUUGAGGUCAGGAGUGAGAGCUGUGCUGUGGGAGGCUACCUGGACUGCAGCCUGCAAGUAUGGCGCUGCUGAAAGUCAAGUUUGACCAGAAGAAGCGGGUCAAGUUGGCCCAAGGGCUCUGGCUCAUGAACUGGUUCUCCGUGUUGGCUGGCAUCAUCAUCUUCGGCUUAGGGCUGUUCCUAAAGAUUGAACUCCGGAAGAGAAGCGAUGUGAUGAACAAUUCUGAGAGCCAUUUUGUGCCCAAUUCGUUGAUCGGGGUGGGGGUGCUAUCCUGUGUCUUCAAUUCUCUGGCUGGCAAGAUCUGUUAUGAUGCCCUGGACCCUGCCAAGUACGCCAAGUGGAAGCCCUGGCUGAAGCCGUACCUGGCCGUGUGUGUCCUCUUCAACGUGACCCUCUUCCUGGUGGCCCUCUGCUGCUUCCUCCUGCGGGGCUCGCUGGAGAGCACGCUGGCCCAUGGGCUCAAGAAUGGCAUGAAGUUCUACCGGGACACGGACACCCCGGGCCGGUGUUUCAUGAAGAAGACCAUCGACAUGCUGCAGAUUGAGUUCAAGUGCUGUGGCAACAACGGCUUUCGGGACUGGUUUGAGAUUCAGUGGAUCAGCAACCGCUAUCUGGAUUUUUCCUCCAAAGAAGUCAAAGAUCGCAUCAAGAGCAACGUGGAUGGGCGGUACCUGGUGGACGGCGUCCCCUUCAGCUGCUGCAACCCCAACUCACCGCGGCCCUGCAUCCAGUACCAGCUCACCAACAACUCUGCGCACUACAGCUAUGACCACCAGACGGAAGAGCUCAACCUGUGGCUGCGUGGCUGCAGGGCCGCCCUGCUGAGCUACUACAGCAACCUCAUGAACACCAUAGGCGCUGUGACCCUCCUUGUCUGGCUCUUUGAGGCGACCGUCACCGUUGGGCUGCGCUACCUGCACACGGCGCUGGAAGGCAUGGCCAACCCCGAGGACCCUGAGUGCGAGAGUGAGGGCUGGCUUCUGGAGAAGAGCGUGCCGGAGACCUGGAAGGCCUUUCUGGAGAGCGUGAAGAAGCUGGGCCAGGGUAACCAGGUGGAAGCCGAGGGCGAGGACGCAGGCCAGGCCCCGGCAGCAGGCUGACGGCCCUUCGGCCCCCUCCCCUCUCAACACUGAGAAGUAGUGGACUCCAGGAACCUCGGAUACCCCCGAUCCCGUCAGACUCUCCCAAAGAGGGCGGCCGUCUCACAGAGGCUCUUCUGGAUGGUGGGAUUUAAUAUUCAGGGCCCCUAAAAACCUCAGUUGAAUGAACGUCUCAAACUGUGAGUGCAUGAGUCCUGCUCAGCCCCACUGCCCUAGGACGCACCCUCACGGUGGACUCAUGGAGGGCCUCUCAGCAGAUGAGUCUUCAGUCACA